AUGUCAGACCAAAAAUGGUGGAUUUGGUUGAUUCCUGUCGAUCUUCUGUUCGACCAAGUACCAGAGCAUGUUAAGGCCAGCGAGGUCAAGCAAGCUACCACAAUGACCGAAAACAUCUUCGACACCUACAAUGUGACUCUCUCAGACUGCGAUGUCCUCGUGGGCUAUCAGAACCUCCACUCCUGGAUACAACAAAGCGUUCGCAAAUUUGAAGGCGGAGGGCCUCAAUAUGUUGCCGUCGAUGGAGUCACCAUUUCAGUCCUUGAACAGAUAGACAAGAAUCGUAGCAGACUGCCCAACAUGAGACUAUACCAUGAUGCUUCAAGCAACAGACUGCUUAUAAAGUUCGUCAAGACCGAUCACAACGUCGCAGCCAGUCAAUUUUUAGCAGAGCUCAUGGAGGGAUGCCAGGCUGAGCGAUGCCAGGCUGUUGGCAUUACUCGUAAGGACUUUUAUAGCUUGCUAGGGAGUAUUUGA